AUCGAAACUGAAAGUUUCCGUGUUGGUCCAGAAACGCCGCGGGUCACACAAGGACAGCGUUUCGGAGAGAUGUCGGGGGCCACGGUGACAGUGAGCGUGAAAGUCCUGGCUCUGGCCGCCGCGCUCUGCCUGGACUUCUCCAUCUUUUACGCGUCGGGCUCGGUGGUCACGCGCGGCGCGCUCGGACUUCUUGUGCGUCUCUGGGUCUGCGCGGCGCUGCGAUGGUCAUCCCUCACCGCCGUCUCCCGGCUCGCGCUCGGGGAGUUCACGCCGGUGCUGCUCCGCUUCGUGACGGCGUACAGCCUGCUGCCGCCGGUGUUCGAGACCGGGGCGGCCGCGGUGUCCAGCGGAGGCGGCCGGUGCGGCGCCGCGGCGGACGCGCGCUGCUGGGCCGUGAGCGGCGGAGCGUCUGUGGCCGCCGCGCUCUUCUGGGAGCUCUCCUUCCCCGAGAGCAAGGAUGCGGACAAGAAGCAGGAGGCCAAGGUGCUGUUCAUGAGGGUCCUCCGUCUCUACAAGCCCGACUCCCUGCUGCUGCUGGGGGGGCUGCUCUUCCUGUCGCUGGCGGUCCUCUGUGAAAUGUUCAUCCCCUUCUACACUGGCAGAGUGAUCGACAUCCUCCGCAGUGACUACCAGCCGGACGACUUCCUGUCUGCGCUCCUCUUCAUGAGCCUGUACUCUCUGGGCAGUUCUGUGUCUGCAGGCUGCAGAGGGGGGCUGCUGCUCUGCGCCAUCGGCUCCUACACAUGCAGAAUCAAGGUCAUGCUGUUCGAAGCGCUGACCAAGCAGGAAAUUGGAUUCUUUGAGACCACAAAAACAGGUGAAAUCACAUCCAGGCUGUCAAGAGACACAAACCUGAUGGGCAGAACGGUCUGCCUGAAUGUCAACGUGCUGCUGAGGACUCUGAUCAAGACGCUGGGCAUGAUCUCCCUCAUGCUCAGCCUGUCGUGGAAGCUCACCUUCCUGGUGCUGCUGGAGACGCCCAUCACCGGCCUCAUCCAGAAGAUCUACGACACACACUACCAGAGGCUGACCCUGGCCAUGCAGGAUUCCAUGGCUCAGGCCAGCGAAGCCGCCAACGAGGUGGUGUUUGGGAUUCGCCUGGUUCGCAGCUUCAACACGGAGAAACAGGAAGCCCGGCGCUACGGCAGACGGCUGUCAGAAAUCCGCGCCCUGAGGAACCGGCGGGACACCGUCAGAGCCGUGUACCUCCUCGUACGGAGGAUAACGGGGCUGGGCAUGCAGGUCCUGGUGUUGUACUACGGCAGACUCUUCAUCCAGACGGGGCAGAUGACCACCGGAAACCUGGUGUCCUUCAUCCUCUACCAGUCCGAUCUUGGAGACAAUAUCAGGACUCUGACUUACAUCUUUGGAGACAUGCUGAACUCGGUGGGAGCUGCUGGGAAGGUGUUCGAGUACCUGGACCGAAAACCUAAAGUCAGCACGGAGGGGAAGCUCAAACCGGACGACCUGAGCGGACACGUCGUCUUCCGAGACCUGGACUUCGCCUAUCCGUCAAACCCGCAGAAGGCAGUGCUGCAGGACUUCUCCCUGGAGCUGAAGCCGGGCCAGAUGACGGCGCUGGUCGGGCCGUCCGGAGAAGGAAAAAGCACCUGUGUGAGUUUGCUGGAGAGACUCUACGAGCCGCUGGAUGGGAGCGGAGAAAUCCUGCUGGACGGCAAAGCGCUGAAAGACUACGACCACCACUACUUCCACAAGAAGAUUGCCGUGGUGAGCCAGGAGCCGGUGCUGUUCUCCGGGUCUAUCAGAGAAAACAUUGCCUACGGACUUCCCGGCUGCUCGUUGGACCAGAUCCAGGAAGCGGCUCGCAAAGCCAACGCCCACGACUUCAUCAGGCGGCUGGAGAAAGGCUACGACACAGAGGUGGGUGAAGGCGGAGGACACUUAUCCAAAAGUGAGCGUCAGCAGAUCGCCAUCGCCCGGGCGCUGGUCAGGCAGCCGCGGGUCCUCAUUCUGGAUGAAAUCACCAGCGCUCUGGACACCGACAGCGAAAUCAAGGUGCAGCAGGCUGUGGCCCACAAUCCCCAGCAGACCCUGCUGGUGAUCGCACACAAGCUGAAGACCAUCGAGAAGGCCGAUCAGAUUGUGGUGGUCCGGGGAGGCAGAGUGGAGGAGAGAGGCACGCACCAGGAGCUGAUGGACAUGAAGGGAAGCUACUACAGGCUGAGGGACGAGUUCUUCGCUCAGGACAACGCUGCACAGUGACGGACCGCUGACGCCCCGAGAGGGAACGGCGGCGUUCCACUGAGGACCCUGGAGAACGUUCUCCUGUCGUCCGUGUUCAUUCCAGGAUAAACGAGACGCUUCAACAUUCUUAUAGCUUUGAUUUUCUUCUCCAGAGUUGUUUUUUUAAACCUUUGUUGUCACAAAGUGAAAAUGUAAAUAUGCUGAUGUGUGAUACAACAACAUGUUUGGUUUAACAUCAAUCUCUGGAUGGUGACAAUGAUCAUUAUCUCUUCAUUUGUCCGUUUAAUUUCUGUUCAACACACUUCUUCUGGCAAGCAUCAUGUUUCACAGUAAAUUCAGACACAUAGAAUGAAAUCUGCUAAACAUUGACAGUGAGUGACCAACACUUUAGGACUCAGUUUAACCCUGACGUGACCGGAAAUACGGGAAAGUUCGACCCACUGUUUAACUUCAGAAGCACGUGUUCAGACUGUGGGAGGUUACAGGAGCACCUGGAGGAGGAAACCCAGGCAGAACAUGCAAAUCCUGCACUGAAAGCCUCCUCCUGAUGUUAUCGACCAAACUGCACUAGAUUGAUAUUUUUCAUAUGAUAUAAAAGAGUGUUUUCUAUAUAUAUAUAUAUAUAUUUUAUAUGAUGUGUCCCGGUUUUUGAUGAAGGUAUGAAUGUUUGAUGCGUGGAGUAAGCCUUAAUAUUUUAUUUAAUGGAGAUCAUCUGAUAAAUAAAACCAAAGAUUACUGUAAUAAACAGCCUUUUUCUGAA